AUGCCAAAGACGGCCCUUGCACGCAAAAAAGCUUUGCAACCAGUUGGUUUUCGUACCCAACCAAUAAUUAUUGAUGGUCGUGGCCACUUAAUUGGUCGUUUAGCAGCAACAGUCGCCAAAACAAUCUUACAAGGUCAUAAUGUCGUUAUUGUACGAUGUGAAAGUCUUAAUAUUAGUGGAUCAUUUUAUCGAAAUAAACUUAAAUAUUUGGAAUUUCUUCGUAAACGUUGUAACAUUAAUCCAUCACGUGGUCCAUUUCAUUUUCGUGCACCAUCAAAAAUCUUUACACGUAUUGUACGUGGUAUGGUACCACAUAAAACUGAACGUGGUAAACAAGCAUUAGUACGUUUACGUGCAUUCGAAGGUAUUCCAACACCAUAUGAUAAAAAGAAACGUAUGGUUGUUCCAAGUGCUUUACGUACAUUACGACUUAAACCACGUCGUCGUUUUACUGAACUUGGUCGUUUAUCAAGUGAAGUUGGUUGGCAAUAUCAAACUGUUGUUGCAACAUUAGAAAAAAAACGAAAAAUUAAGGCUAAACAUUAUUAUUUACGACAACGUAAUUUGAAAAAACUUAAAACAGAUGCAACAAAAAAUUUAGCUUCAAAACCACAAGUUGCUAAACAUCUUGCCGUACUUCAACAUGCACAAGAUCAAAUAAUUAUUCAACGAUUAAAACAAUGUACAGCUCAACUUUAUGUUGAAAAUGCUCCAUUAACAAAAAUUUCAUCAACAUCUAUUAAACAUGAUGAUAUUGAUAUAACAAAUAAUGAUAAUAAUAAUAAUAAUCGUGAUUUAGAUACAUUAAUAUAA